CCUCGAAUUUGUAUGUUAUUUUUUAUGACAGGAGUCCAUAUUUUUGUAUUUCUCGCUGGGAGUAUGUCAGAAUGAAUGUUUUUCAUUGGUCUUGUGGCGAGAACUGUAAGAUUGUGGACACCGAAGCCAUCUCCUGUGGUUACACUAACGGCAUACACGUUACCGUUAUGUUACUUAUUUUAUUCACGCAGCUUCGUCCAUUCCUACACGGUUAUCAAUUUGUAAAAACGAAAGAAAAGAAGAAAAGGAUCGGCUGUUGUAAUGUCGCCAACAGUGACUCCGACUGGCGAACAUUGCGGCAUACUAGAAGACAAAUAAGUCCUGCCUUCUUUCUUCCAGACAGGCACGAGCGUGUCACGUGUUAACUUGUCUGUCUAUGUUGUUCUCAACAAAGGACAGACAGAGUACGUUCGUCGCCAUGUUUGCCAUCAAGUCGAGAUCAAAUGGUGUAGGAAAGAAUCAGCGAUAUUCAAUCUAUUGGACGCCAGAAAAAGAAAUUCAAAUGAUCAAGUACUUUGAAGAGCACAGAUAUAUGUGGGAUACAGACCACAUUCUUUUUCACAAACGUGAGCCACGCAUGAAAGGAUAUUCUGAACUUGUUCAACUGCUCGACAUUGACGAAGGGACAAUCCGACAGCGCUGGUCAUCGAUGAGAUCGCAAUUUUGCCGCGAAGAGAGAAAAGUAACUGUUAGUCCGACGUAUGUUCCGACCUGGGACCACUAUACCACACUUUUGUUCCUGAGAAAAUCAGAUUCCAGCACAGCAGAUCGCAAUCGUCAGUAUAACAAUGUGUAUGAAGGGUCGCAAAAUAAAGAGCUACAAGUGAAGGAAGAGUAUGGAGAAGUGGUGUCACUGUCACAAGUGUAUGGAGGUGACGAAGACCAGUCGCCGCUUGUUCAAGACAACCUUAGUUUUUCGCAGAACCUGAUACAUGAGGAAGAGGACAGUGACGACGACCAGGAGAAUGCAAUAAUUGAAAAUGCCACGAGUUUAUCGGACAGGCAGAACAACCGCACUACAGCUCCCGCCGCUGGAGAACCAGUUGCAUACGUGAGAAAACAUCGGAUACAACGACGCGUGAGACGGUGGAAUCCAGACUACCAACAAAAACACAACGAUUCCUCGUCCGCGUUUUUGCAACCAUCUUCUAGUCCCCCUGCUUUGGAAGCAAUAAAAGAGCCAAGACCAUCUAAAGAGAACGAGUCAUUUUCACAGUAUAUCGCAAACGUUUUGGGUAGGUUCCACCCAGACAAACAACGCAGAUGCAGAAAUGAACUCUUGCGGAUAAUUCUAAAGUAUGACAUGUGUGACGAUGAAGCUAAUGACGGGAGCCACUAGUGAUGUUGGCAAAAACCUCUGGCAUAUUUCUUGUCAGAGCACCUUCGCUGGAGUGGGGUAUUCUCGGGUAGGGGCAUAAGUGUAAUUGACCUUUGGAUGCAGAGUCAAAGUUGACGGGCUAACUCGGAUUCGAUGGUUGCAUGAGAACUGCGUUAUUAUGACCCUGCUGUUUUAUAAAUAAAAUAAACAUGUAUA